AUGCAGUUCACCCUGUCUACCAUUGCCCUCGUUGCCUCUUUGAUGUCCUCCCAGGCCGCAGCUAAGCCUGUUUUCUUCGCUCGCGAUCAGACUUGUGGCACUACCCCUACUGGUACUGGCUCUGCUCAACCUCUCUCUAGCCCACAGGCUUCCACAGCUGAGAAUUGUAAGGAGGCAUGUGAGGAAGCCAAAAACUGCCAGAGCUUUGCUUUCGGCCUGCCGGCUAACACUAAAGCUCCCAUCUGCAAGCUUUACUCGGUUUCUGCUGCCCAGGUUCCUUCUCAAGACACCAACGUGGUCGUCUUCGACUUGACCUGCAACAACGUUCCCACGCAAGCUCCAACAUCUGGCAACCCGGUCGGUCUCCUCAGAUUGAGACGUUCUCAGACUUGCGGUGUCACACCUUCUUACUCAGGCUCUACAACUGCAUUGUCUACCCCUAGCGCCUCUACUGCUGAGGAUUGCCAAUCCGCUGGUGAAGCCGUGAGCUCAUGCCAGAGUUUUGCAUUCGGUCUUCCUAAAGACGCUAGCUAUCCCAUCUGCCGACUCUUCUCCGUGGGUGCUUCUCAGGUUCCUGCCCAGGAGAGUCUUAUUGAAGUCUUUGACAUUGGCUGCUCUGAUGUCCCCAACACUGAGCCAACCCAGUCGAACCCUGUCGGCCUAGUCGACGAGAGUGCCACCACCUCGACUCAGAAGUCCUCCACCAAUGUUGCCACUACCACCAACAACAAGGAGACCUCCAGUACCCAGAACACCGCUAGCAAUGAUAACAGCAACAUGUGCGGUGCCAUUCCCAGCGGCACCACUAGUAACUCGGUCUCGCCUCUUCAAACAAACACUGCGAUCACUUCCGCCGAUGCUUGCCUGACUCUCUGCCAGGCUACUUCCGGUUGCAAGGCGGUCGAAUUCGGCAAGACUUCUGCCAACGGUGCCAAUCAAUGCCUUCUCUUUAGUGUCGCUGCUUCUGAGCUCCCUACCCCCACCAGUGGCCAGUCGCUCGUUGUCUACGACGCUGCCUGCUAA